UCACGCAUGUUAUAUCUAUGAAAGAGAAACAUACAACACAUCAGCUUGUAAGUUAACUGCUCUGAUAGACAUUUAUUUUGCAAGGUAAUCAUUCACUAUUAUUUAUAUUGUAAUAAACAAUCCCAAAUGCAGCGAUGAACUGUAGACAAUGAUAUAUCUCUCAGAUAUAGAUAGUGCUGUUUUCAACUUUUUCGUGUUAAAUUGACAUGUUUUACCAACUCCGCCAGUGAUUUGGCAUGAACCUACGUUAUGUAAUUAUAAUUUAUUCUUUAAAAUAUAUAUUCUCUGAAUGAAAAGUGGUAUUUCUUUCGUUAUUUGUGUGCGAGACGAGUGGACAAUUAGCCGGUGUCCUCCGACGAGAGCGGCCGACAAUAGGACGCCGUCACGUGAAUCCCUACACCCUGGACACAAUCACAUUCACGCGAAAUAAUGACGUUAUUACUCACUUUUGGCGUGUAGGUACCCGUGCUACCAUAAUUAACAACAAUACUCUGGGGAUUUUAUACCAUAUAUGUAAUGGAGUAUGUCGUUUUCUUUGUAUGAUGUGAUUAUUUUCUAUUGCGAAUUUGUACAAUAUGUAGACCUAAAUAAGAUUCGGGCACCGUUUCUCGAAACUCAUAAGCUUACGCUAAUUUUACCAUUUAUGUCCGCGCGUUCGUCGAUUCAUGUUGUCUUUCAUAUUACACUUGUUAAGAACUUAUGGGAUUAUAUGCUGAUGGCUUCACUUUAAACAAUUUCUCCUUACACUUCUAGAAUUUUCCACGUGAUCGUUAGGGUGACAUGUUCAGCAUCCUAAAUUCCUGAGGUUUCAGUAAUUUAUUUUUAGUUUGAAGCACUCAUGAGACUUGGAAUCCUACUACUUGUAUUUUAUUUAAAUUGCAGAGCUUUUUCCCAAGUAUAGAUAUAGAUGUGAUAAAACGCCGCACCUUGAUCAAGACUCUAAGUUUUGGUUCAGCUGUUUUGAUGACAGUUUCGAUGUUAUCCUUUGAUUCAGAUUACAGAGAACUUCCAUAGUGAGCAUGGUGAUGCUGUGCUGCGUAGGGUCGUGUUGUGCUUUUUGAGAUCGCCACGAACAUAAAAACAGACAGGCGUGUCGGGUGAUUUAGUUUUAUAAAGCAGUAGUAAACGAGUUCAAUUUUAAUUGUACCAUAAAAAGUAGGAUUAAAGCAACACAAUAAAUAGUAUUUUAAAAAUAACAUAAAGCGUCUGUACCACCUACUUUUGCAUUUUGAUAUUAUAAGGAUACCAUGGUCAGGUAUCUUCAUUUAAUAAAGGAAAAAAUAUCUACAACGACGAUUUGAGUAGCAAGAUUCAGUUUAAGAAACUCAUGUCAGUACUAUGAUAGAUCUCUUUGUGCAAACCAUUGCCGUGAAAACUAACGCUAUCAGUUGUCUUGAUUAAAAUCGUAUCGAUUUCAGUAAUCAAUUAUCCCAAAGAGAAACCAAAAUUAGACUCUGCAAAGAGCAAAAACCUGGUUUAAGUACCAAAACAACAGAAAGUAGCGUACCUAUCAAAUAAGAAUACGGUAAAGAUAUCUCCAUGAGAGACAGUGAUCGAAUUAUAUCAGAAUCGUAGUGUUCUUCAAAACAACAACAAGAUGAGAUACAUGCAGUUGGUGACGUUACUGACAGUUGAUGAUACUGCGGUUGAAGCGUGCGUCAAAUAGUAGCUUGGUAAAGUGGAUUCGUUGGAUUAAAUAAUGCAGUUGUGAAGGAAGUAGAUGCGUGGUGAAGUAGUAAGGUGUGAUGCGUCGCGACGGGCUGAAGCUGCGGCUGUCGGAUCCGAGUCCGAGCGCGUCGUUCCACACGUCGGACUCGGAGGAGGAGAGCUCGGAGCGCGGCUCGCGGAGCUCCCGCAGCGGCACCGACGACUCGUCGCUGCCAGGCGUCGUGCAAACCGCACAGGACACGCGCACUCACGUCGUGGUGGAACUGUACGAGACGGAGAAGUCCUAUGUGGACUCCCUCGACAUCCUAGUCAAGAAGUACCUGCAACCCCUGAAAAGUCCCGAGAAUGCCGGCCUCCUGGACUCGUUCCUGGUGGACGAGAUAUUCUACCAGGUGCCCGCCAUCCUCGGGCUGCAUCAGGCCUUCCUCGAGCAGCUGCGCCGCCGCCUCGAACACUGGGACCUGCAGCAGAAAGUCGGCGACGUGUUCCUUGAAGUGUUCACGAAGCCGAUGGUUAUGGACACGUACAUGUCGUUCAUCAACAACCUUCGUCGCGCACGGGAGACCAUCAAGGCGGCGGCCAGUUCCAGGCCAGCGUUCGCGCGCUUCUUGGACGCGAUGGCGCGCGACCACAAGGGCAAGCUCUCGCUCGACAACCUUCUCAUCAAGCCCGUGCAGAAGUUCCCCAGCUACAAGCUACUCAUACAGAGGCUAAUCAAACAUACCGACCAAUCGCAUCCAGACCAUAAGCUCCUCCUAGAAGCUCAGAAGGAGAUCCACGAAGUCCUAGAAGUGAUGAACUGCACGGAACGCGAGAGCGUGGAGCAGGAGGCGGCGCAAGCGGCGCUACGGGAACUGGAAGUUCUGGUUGAAGGGCUAAGUGGCCUCGCGUCGUCGGACCGCUCCUUGCUGCGCUGCGACUCCGUCACGGUGCCCGCCGCGCCGGCAGCGCCCGCAGCGCCACACCUCAUGAAAGAUAGAGCGCUGUUUUUGCUGAACGAUACCCUGCUCAUAACCAGCGUCAAACGGAGGACGGGGACCAUUAAGAAACCACUGCCGACAUACCAAAGUAAUAUAGCGAGCCUGAUGGAAGGAACAAAGCACAAACUGCUGAUGAGAAUACCAUUGGCUGAUCUCGAAAUAGUUAAGGCAAAGGACGAGAACUUGCGCCGUGCCAUGCAGGAGGUGGAAUGGCUUCGGCAGGACGUGGCGACGCUGACGCGGGUCGUGGAGCAGGUGGGCUCCCUGCGUCUCCCGCACCCCCCCCUCCACGACGCCGCGCGGGACGCGCUCGCGGCCGCCGCGCGACUGCUGCGGGACCGGCGCGCCGCCGGGGACGGGGACGGGCCGCCCGAGGGGGAGGGGGGGGGCGCGCGAGGGGGAGGGGGGCGCGCUGUGCCGCACCGAGCUCAGCGUCAACACCGCGAAUGGUCCAGAAAAUUUAACAAUAAUAUUUCCAAAACCGGAGAAGAGAAGCAGUUGGGAGGAACUAGUAAACGAAACGAAACAAAAAUUAUGUGAGUAUUCAUAA